AUGGAGGACAGUGGAGUUAUCGCCCAGUGGACCAAUAACAGGAGCCACUCGGGCGGCAGGAAGGAGUUGAGCGGCAGGGGGUUCACGACACACGCCGGCGGGUCAUCGUCCCUGAAUAAUAAAUCAGGGGCCUCCAUUGAUUCACGGCAGCAGCGUUCCCUCUCUUCUUCAGGACCGAAACGCGGCAGCAGUCCGACUCAGCAAGAGGGCAAAGGGAAGAAAGCGGGGAAGUUACCGCCCAUAGCCAGCAAGCAUCAGGGCCGAAAUAACACCUCAAAGGGCGCGGCCGGCGCGGCGUCCGGAGGGAGUCCGACCUUGAAAAAAGGACGGAAAGCGACGGGAUCGCGAACCCCCACGCCGAGAGGAGGCUCCGGGGGAAAACGAAAGGGCUCCCCCUCAUCCGCAUCGAGGUUGGGCAGCCGAACCUCGUCUUUUGGCAAGCCCUCGGCCCCUUUGGGCUCAGGUCGGCACAGGAAGUUGUCUCGAGCUUCGUCGGGUUUCUCUCGCACGCAUGGGAGUUUGGGUGCAUCGGCGUCGCGACGACGUAAAUCCCUCAAGAAAAGAGGGGGCGGCAGUCGUUCCGGAAGCAAAAAAAGAUUGACGAAGGGAAAGAAGGGAAGGACGCGGUCGGCCUCAUCACGUGGUGCCUCCAAAGAGGACAUGGGGAUGGCUUAUAUGGCCUCAUUGUUCGCGACAGAGGCGGCGCAACGCGUUGGUAUCGAGGAGGAGGAGGAUACUACACGUGAGUUGUUCAUGCCAGACUACAACCUUCUUGUCAUGAACAUGGUCCGUGCACAGUUGGCCGUCGUGAAUGAUCGACAGCAGUACCUCAAUGAUGCCUUCAGGGCCCUUCGUGCCCAUGGCGUUCAGCUGGGAUCCGGUCAAGAUCCCAAUGCGGCAAUUGAGAUGCUACGGUUACAGGUGCAGGCUGAGAUGCAGAAGCAGGUAGACGAUGUGCGAGUGGAGAACGGAACCCUCCGGGGUUUGUUGGAGGAGAAGAAAACGGAAUUGGAGGAGAAAACAGCGGAGAUGCAAGGACUCCGGGAUAAAGUGAACCGAAAACUUAUGCGAUUUGAGGUAGAGAGUGAAUCCUUGAAGGCUGAGGUGCAGUCGGCCCUGCAAACCAGUCAACUGGAUGUGGACCGGAUGAAGCGAGAUCUCGGCCAUCGUAUUGACGUGGCCAGCGCAUCGCUUCGCACCCCCAAGUAUGACACGGCUUUGCGCUCUAUGCAGGAUAUGGUGCGCACUGUGCAGGAGGAGAUCCAAGAGCACCAUGACAAAUUAACUAAGCUUAUUGUUUCUAUAGGAGCACAAGACACGUUUCUGCGGGAGAAGAGCGAUUCCAUGCACUCUAACUUCCCAACAAGAUAUCGUGACGAGUUGCGGAAGCUCGACAACGACCGUUUGCUAAAUAUACUCGACGUGCUCUCAUUCCACGACGCUGUUGUGGAAACGGUCGGUAAGGCCCUGUACGUGCUACAAAAAUCGGAGCAUAGCACAAAUGUAUUUUAA